UUCCAACCACAAUUGAUCCUAUUUUAUGCGGCCAAAGUUCCAGGGGAAAUUACCUCCAAUCAUAUACUACGGUGAUAAUGGCGUUUGAUGCGGUAGAAUAUCCUAUAAUCGUAAAAGCAACAUCUUCUUUACAUACUCGACGCUAGGGGCUAAUGAAUGCCGCCCUCAAAGAUUAAGCCAAGUCUUCGAGAUUGACAAAAGUACCAAAAUUCAUCCCAGCUGACGAAUCUACCCUCCACCGGCAGAACGACGAGGUAGGUAUCCUUCCCAAGCCAGCCAAAUUAACGGUCCGAACUCGGUUAUAUUGCGGAAAUUCUGGGAAUCAACCUAGCGGACAGAUAACUUGAUGAUAACCGGAAUAUUUGCUCCGGAUAUGAGAUCAUCCGACGUUAAGUUUACUUGCUCAAGCGGAGUCAUAGGCCCGCCCCGGUAUUAAUCGAAGUUUCCCAUUUCUGUCGCAUAUAUCGGACUUUUUUGCGUUUGCCCUAAGUAGUUAGGAUGAAUCGAGCUCAUCGUAGGGUCUAAUGAUACCGUUAAGCAUUAUCUCCCCAAGUCGGCCAGGCCGACUGAGUACGGUGCCAGAGCUGACUUUGGCUCCAAGUAAAAUACGGGGAUUUGGAGAAUAAUAGCGCCUGUGCCCGUAACUUAAUCAUCCGAUGGAGGAUUAGUCUUGCGUUCUUUGACGCAUGUGUUACGUUGGGAGAAUGCUAAUAUACGUCUUUUACCUCAUGUUUGUGUCCCCAUGAUGGGAGAAGCUUAAGUCCAGCAACAUCUCUGCCCGACAAAGAUGAGGCUGUUUGAUUUACCGCCAGAUGUUUUGCUUUGCAUUACUGACCAGCUGGACCAUGCGCGAGACGUCAGUUCCCUAGCGCGUGCAACGCGUUGCACGUCUGGUUUCUUUCAGGAUGCAUUGCUCAGAUUUGCCGCUCGUGAGAUGGACUCUCCCGCUUUAUAUUAUGCUGCCAAAGAAAACAAGCGCAGUACAGCAGAGGCUCUCCUUCGAUAUGGUGCCUGUAUAAAUGCACCGUGGAAAACACAGACACCUCUUAUGAUCGCUGCUGCAUAUGGCUCUGAUUCUGUGCUGGACCUCUUGUUGGCUUACGAUGAUCUCAACAUAAAUGCGAAGAAUCUGAAUGGAGAGACCGCACUGUGGUGUGCAGCGUAUGCAGGCCGCAGGACAGCCAUUAUCAAGCUCUUACGGUGCAGAGACAUCGACAUUGACGUGGCCGAUACGUGGUAUGAGUGGACGCCUUUCGCUGCUUCCAUAGCGAAUGGACAUUUUGAUAUCGCGCGUGACCUUCUUGCCACAGGACGGGUCGAUUUGAAUGCUCGGGAUAAGAAUCAUCACACUCCGUUGUAUCACGCUAUCAAAUCCGGGGACAAGGAAGUGGUAUCCCUGCUUCUCUUUAACCGUGAGGUUGAUAUUGGCGUUCGGGACCACCUUCAUCGAACUCCCUUUUGGUACGCUGUGAGAUGCGGCAAUUCACUCGUCGCACACUUGCUCCUCACACGUGGCGCCAACCCAAAUACGCCAGACAUGGACCGGAUCGCCCCGUUGAAUGUGGCAAUUCUCAAGGAAAAUAUGCCAAUGCUAAGGCUCCUCCUGGGAAGAGAAGAAGUGGACGUCUCUCCCAAACUGGACCCCGGAGUACUGGGCGUGUUUUGUGAAGCUCAGCCGCCUGUUUGCCUUGCCGCAUACGUGGGGAACAGGCAGGCACUAAAGCUCUUACUGUACCGAGGGGCGGAUGUGAAUACCUACGAUAGUCUUGGAUCUCCUCUGUUGCACCUGGCUGUGCGGCGAGUUGACUCGGCGAUGGUCAAGCUUUUGUUGAGACAUAGAUUCCUCGACGUGAACAAAGUAACACAGGGCAAAUUCAGUUUUACGGCCUUGCAUGAGGCCGCCAGCGAUGGAUGCCUCUCGAUGGUCAAUUUGCUACUCACCAGGGAUGAUAUUGAUGUCAAUGCCAGGGAUAGUCAUGGACGAACGCCGCUUUGGUGGGCGACCAGGAACAACCGUCCCUUUGUUGCAAAAAGGCUCUUAGCAGAAAGGGGACUGGACAUCAAUGCGGCCAGUGCGGGCGGGUCAACCUCACUUCAUCAAGCCGUCAAUCGGGGAAAUCGGCUAAUGGUGCUCUCCCUUCUUGCAGAGGACAAACUGAACCCAAAUAUCCCUACUAAAGAUGGGCUGACUCCCCUGGCUUGUGCAGUACGUAACGGUGAUAGGAACAUGGUGACUCUUCUCCUCACAAGGGAGGAUAUACAGGUUAAAUUUGGUGGGCCGGAAUCCCACUCUCCCAUCGCUCUGGCAGUGGCGGGUGGACACUACGGCGUGAUGUUUCGAUUGCUCUGCUUCACCUGGAAAUGCGCAACUCGUAGGGAUUAGGUAUUACAGACUACAAUUUAAUUUAUCUCUACUAUACUUGGAUCUCUUUUCCUUGAUUUCUUAAAAACCACAUUGAUCU